AUGAGGGCAAGAGCAGAUCCAACAUUCAGCAAUUUCUUACUACGGAUCGGUAAUGGAGAGGAACCUACAAUAAGAGAUGAUAUGGUCCUUCUUCCAGAAAAUUUAAUCGUCAAACAUGAUGGUGAUAGUACUAGUGAAGAUAAUUUAAUAAGAGAAAUAUUUUCAUCUCUAGAUGAAAUGUCAAGUUGUGCAAAAUACAUGACAGAAAGGGCUAUCUUGGCUAGCGGAAAUGAGUAUGUUGAUCAACUAAAUGAGAUGUUAAUUGCUAAAUUUCCUGGUGAAAGCCAAACUUUUUUGAUUUUUGACUCCGCAGAGGAUGAUACUAACAACUACUACCAGGAAAAGUACUUAAAUACUUUAACACCAAGUGGCCUUCCACCACACAGGUUGGUUUUAAAGAAAAAUGCUUCGAUCAUGUUAUUAAGAAAUUUGGACCCGGCAAAUGGCUUAUGUAAUGGUACAAGAAUGAUAUGUAGAGGCUUUGACAAUAACGUCAUCCAUGCAGAAAUAAUGAUGGGCGAAAAUGCUUCCAAACAUGUGUUUAUUCCCAGAAUUCAACUUUCGCCUCCAGAAAAUGAAGGUUACCCUUUCAAAUUCAUCAGAAAACAAUUUCCAGUACGGCUAAGCUUUUCGAUGACAAUAAAUGAAGCACAAGGACAAACAAUACCUAAUGUUGGAAUGUACUUACCGCAACACAUAUUCUCGCAUAGACAACUAUAUGUUGCACUCUCAAGGGGAAUAUCUAUGUCAACAACAAAGGUUUUAGUCUUGACCUAG